GAUAAGAUCUCUCUCAGCCAGCUCAGACAAACUGAAGCUGAUUCAUGAAACCUCCUGUCUUAACUUCUCAACUCACCCCCAAGAAGAUUUUAUUUUCUCAACGCAUACUUUUCCCCGUUUCCUUUUUCUUACAAACUGUAAUACUGAUGUGUGUACACAGAUUUUAUACAUCGUCACCUUUAUUUGCUGACGACGCUUGUUUCUCCGUGUAAACUAUACUUUGUACGCAUAUUCAGAUUUCAGGGGUUAUUUUGCAGUUGUUUUUGUCAGAUUUCAAAUGACAAAUUCUGUUCUAUAUUUCUCUGCGCAUCUCUAUUUUUUCCCACUGGUAUUUGGUUUCACUUGACGUCAACUGCAGAUUCCGAAUCAAAAUCUGGGUUUUGGGGGUUAAAAGGUACAUAAUGGGUGCCAGCAUAUCUGGAGCUAUGGUGGAUAGAGAUGAAGCCGGUUCUCCAUUGAAGCCGAGACUUGGUGACAUACCAGAGAGCUGCGCGGCCUUGGUUCUGGCCCUGUUAGACCCACCUGAGAUUUGCAAAUUGGCUCGAGUGAACCGAUCUUUUCAUGAUGCUUCGUCGGCUGAUUUUAUAUGGGAAUCGAAACUGCCAUCCAAUUAUACAUUCAUCGUGGAGAAAGUGCUAAGAGAUACAACUUUAUUAAACCUGCAGAAGAAACAACUUUACGCUGGGCUAUGCAGGCCUAAUCCCUUUGAUGCUGGCAGAAAGGAGAUAUGGCUAGAUAAGAAUACAGGUGGGGUUUGUUUAUCAAUAUCUUCCAAAGCCUUAACCAUCACAGGGAUCGAUGACAGGAGAUAUUGGACUCACAUUUCCACCGAGGAAUCAAGAUAUCCUACGGUAGCAUACCUACAGCAAAUUUGGUGGUUCCAAGUGGAUGGAGAGGUCGAGUUUGGAUUCCCAGUGGGGACAUAUAGCUUAUUCUUCAGGCUCCAGCUGGGGAAAUCUUCAAAGAGACUGGGUCGGCGUGUUUGUAACUCGAAGCACAUCCAUGGCUGGGAAAUAAAGCCCGUACGAUUCCAGCUAACGACUUCAGAGGGGCAAAGUGUCGAAUCCCGGUGUUAUUUAGACAAUCCUGGAAAUUGGGUACUUUACAGAGUGGGAGAUUUUGUCGUACAAAAUCCUAAUGCGUUCACAAAUAUCAAAUUUUCAUUGACCCAGAUCGAUUGUACUCACACCAAAGGAGGCCUUUGUGUGGAUGCUGCUUUAAUUUACCCCACUACUGUAGCUAAAGAGAUUAGUUCAUGUUCGUGAGAUUUGACAACUUUAAAGCUGUAAAUAUCGAAUUGUAGAUGUAGUAAUUUCAUCUUUCUGUUCAUAAAGUGUAAAUCUUGCUUUUUUUAUUAGAUGCUUUUAAGUAAAAACAAAGGUUAUUUAUUAAAGUAAAAACACAA